AUGGCUGCCACUCCCUCCCCAAAGCUUGAGUCCUUCUACACCCAAAAAAAACGACAACCAUCUCAGAGUGAGAUCGUCAGUCUAAUGGCACAAUGUGACAAAACCCAGAGACAAAUUGAGACCUGGUUCCGUCACCGCAGAAAUCAAGACAGGCCUAGCCACACCAAGAGGUUCUGCGAGGCUUCUUGCAGUUGGAGGUUUUUCUUCUACCUCAUAGCAUUCCUAGCUGGACUCCGAACUUUGAUUGAUAGAUCCUGGUUUUGGGACCAGAGGGAAUGCUGGAGAGGAUAUCCACAACAGCCCAUUGAGAGGGCCCACUUCUGGUACUACCAGCUGGAGUUGGGCUUCUACUUCUCUCUGCUUCUCUGUGUCUCUGUGGACGUCAAGAGGAAAGAUUUCAAGGAGCAGGUGAUUCACCACAUUGCCACCAUCUUCCUGCUUGGUUUCUCCUACUGUUCCAACUAUGUACGGAUAGGCACUCUGGUGAUGCUGCUUCACGACUCCUCUGACUUCCUCCUAGAGUCUGCCAAGAUGUUCAACUACGGCACGGGCUGGAGGAAGACCUGCGACACGUUGUUUGUCAUUUUUGCUGCUGUCUUCCUGGUGACUCGCCUGGUGGUGUUUCCCAGCAAAAUAAUCCACACAACCCUUGUGCUGUCCAUGGAAGUAUUUGAACCCUUCACUGGCUACUAUUUUUUCAAUGUUCUUCUGAUGGUGCUACAAGCACUUCAUGUCUUCUGGGCUGUGUUAAUCCUACGGAUGGCCUACAAGUUUCUCUUCUUGGGCAAGCUGGAUAAAGAUGAACGCAGUGAUGAAGAGAGUGAGCCGGAAGAGGGGGAGGACGACAAGGGAGACGGGGAGGAGGAAGACGAAGAGGUGGAGUAUUUUGGGGAGAGAAGUAAAGAGGCCCUAAACCUCAAACUGAAAAUUCUGACCAAUAGCUGUGUCUUAAACAACCUAACAAAUCACAGAGCUGCUGUUGUGAGCAAGAUGCGCAAAGCACAGUAGAACUAUGAACCUAGACAGAGUGAUUGUAAGACAACACAGAUAAAAGGCUUUAAAUACGGGAUAGAGAUAACCAUAACCAUCUAAGCACAAUAAAGCUGUAACUCCAGUCACAUAUGGACACAUGCACAUUAAUUGUCCUACUGUAUAAAAUAUGAAUAGGAAGUACUGUAUGUAUUUUUAUCAUUUCAAAUUAAUGUUUUUUGUCAACAAUUAAAAGUUUGAAUAGGGUACUUUUUCCUCCAUCUGUGGGUUCCUUGGCCACUAUUCCUCUCAGCAUAGUCUACUUGAUAACAAUGGGUCUGCCUAUUUCAGGCCUUUUAGGACUGGAAGAGUGUAUGAAAGAGAUUGCUUUCACUUUUUGGAUACAGAUUACUUGUUGAAUUACGAAUUCAGUAAGAAUUGUGGGAGGAGCAAUAGGAGGAUUUAUCUCUGAU